AGAGUCGAGAGAGGGAGGCGGCGGCGGCGGCGGGGAGGAGGAGGAGGAGGAGGAGGAGCAGGCGCCGCCAUGGCCGCCGCUAUCACCGACAUGGCCGACUUGGAGGAGCUCUCCCGCCUGAGCCCUCUGCCCCCCGGCAGCCCCGGGCCGGCGGCGCGGGGCCGGGCUGAGCCCCCCGAGGAGGAGGAGGAGGAAGAGGAGGAGGAAGAGGAGGCGGAGGCCGAGGCGGUGGCGGCGCUGCUGUUGAACGGCGGCGGCGGCGGAGGCGGCGGCGGCGGAGUGGGGGGCGGCGAGGCGGAGACGAUGUCGGAGCCGAGCCCCGAGAGCGCCAGCCAGGCCGGGGAGGACGAGGACGAGGAGGAGGACGAGGAGGAGGAGGAGGACGAGAGCAGCAGCAGCGGCGGGGGCGAGGAGGAGAGCAGCGCCGAGAGCCUGGUGGGCAGCAGCGGCGGGAGCAGCAGCGACGAGACGCGCUCGUUGAGCCCCGGCGCCGCCAGCAGCAGCAGCGGGGAUGGGGACGGCAAGGAGGGCCUGGAGGAGCCCAAGGGACCGCGGGGCAGCCAGGGCGGCGGCGGGGGCGGCAGUAGCAGCAGCAGUGUCGUUUCCAGCGGCGGCGACGAGGGCUACGGGACCGGGGGAGGCGGAAGCAGCGCGACCUCCGGGGGCCGGCGAGGCAGCUUGGAGAUGUCGUCGGAUGGGGAACCCCUGAGCCGCAUGGACUCGGAGGACAGCAUAAGCAGUACUAUAAUGGAUGUAGACAGCACAAUUUCCAGUGGGCGUUCAACUCCAGCAAUGAUGAAUGGACAAGGAAGCACUACUUCUUCAAGCAAAAAUAUUGCCUAUAAUUGUUGUUGGGACCAGUGCCAGGCUUGCUUCAACUCUAGUCCAGAUCUGGCAGAUCACAUCCGUUCCAUACAUGUAGAUGGUCAGCGAGGAGGGGUAUUUGUUUGCUUAUGGAAAGGUUGUAAAGUAUAUAACACUCCAUCAACCAGUCAGAGUUGGUUACAGAGGCAUAUGCUGACACACAGUGGAGACAAACCUUUUAAGUGUGUUGUUGGUGGCUGCAACGCCAGCUUUGCUUCUCAGGGAGGGCUAGCUCGCCAUGUUCCCACACACUUCAGUCAGCAGAACUCCUCAAAAGUUUCUAGCCAGCCAAAGGCCAAAGAAGAAUCUCCUUCUAAAGCUGGUAUGAACAAAAGGAGGAAAUUAAAGAACAAAAGACGACGCUCAUUACCACGACCACAUGAUUUCUUCGAUGCACAAACACUGGAUGCGAUAAGACAUCGAGCCAUAUGCUUUAACCUCUCAGCUCAUAUAGAAAGUUUAGGGAAGGGACACAGUGUUGUUUUUCAUAGUACUGUAAUAGCUAAGAGAAAAGAGGAUUCUGGAAAGAUAAAACUUUUGCUUCAUUGGAUGCCUGAAGACAUUCUGCCUGACGUGUGGGUGAAUGAAAGUGAACGACAUCAAUUAAAAACUAAAGUAGUUCAUUUAUCAAAGCUACCCAAAGAUACUGCCUUGCUUUUGGACCCAAACAUAUACAGAACAAUGCCGCAGAAGAGGUUGAAGAGAACUCUGAUAAGAAAAGUGUUCAAUUUGUAUUUAAGCAAACAGUGAACGACAUUUGCAAUCAACUAAAAAUUCGUCUAUCGAAUUAGGGCUGAAAAUUUCUGUUAAAGAGUGUUGCAGUAUGUCUGGUGGCUCCCCUUUCAGGACUAGGGUUUUCUCAUGGAGUACAGUAUGUUAAUAUUUACCUAUAUAACUAAUCUGUUAACGGUUUUUGAAAAACCUCUAUUUCAAAUUAUUUGAAUAAUCCUCGUAUUUUCAUUUUAACCUAUAUAAGCCUCUAUUUUUUUUUUCUGAGGAAAGCAUUUGGUUUACGAGUUGUUUUUUCUUACCAUAAGAAAAAUUGUAUUUUUUUUAAAAGUAUCUUCAAAAUGAAUCCUUUAUGCACCAAAGUUGGUUUUGAAAAGGAAAAUAAAAUCACUUUCUUGCUUGGUAAGCAAGAAGCCAUAUGGAUUUUUCUUUUAACUUACAGAAAUGGAAAUAUGUGUAACUUGUUAGUAUUGUAUCAAACAAAUGUUGCAUAGAGAUAAUAGAACAUUGCUUGUAAAUAAUUCAGCAGAUUUGUAAUAUAUUUUUAUAUUAUGAAAUGUACUGUAGAUGUUUUUCUAGAGGCAUGAAAAGUUAAAUGUAUAUAUUAUGGGUAGAAAUAAUAUUGAAGGAUAUUGUAAUUCACUAGUGCUGCCAGAGGAAUUGUUAAUAAAAGCACCUUCUUUAACAAUAAAUGUCUUUUGCAGACUUAAGGGACUAUGUACUACUGUUAAUAUCUAUGAGAACAAAACACAUUGAACAUCCUUCCAGAAAGUCUUUGAGGGAGGACCUAUACCCAUAAUAGAAUUAUGGCACUCAUUUCUGACAGUGACCGUGAAAUCAGUUAUUUCCUUACUGUUGGAAAGGACAUAUUGUAAAGUAUGUGGUUAUAUGCAGUCAAACUGCAGAAAAUACUCCUGAUUGAGGAGUUUUCACUUUACUACAAUGAUAUAAAAACCAGCAGUUUUUACACUAAAAUUUUUUAAAGAAUAGACAAAAAUAUAGAAUUCAUAAGCCUUUUGGUUCCAAAAUGGGAAAGGUUCCAUGAUACAUAAAUCAUUUCUCAUUUACUUUAAAAAAUUAAAAAAAAAAUUAUGGGAGACUGUAUUCGUUCACAGUGGGGUAGAGAGCUAUAUACAUGAAAUGAGUCAUAAAACUAAAUGAAGUGCAAGUAAAAGCACUGCUUCUAUAAGACAUUCUGGAAUGGUUGUUUAAUAAGGGUAUUAUUCAUAUGAUCUGUAGCAAAUGUGAUUUUAUUUUUAAAAAGAAGAAAAGCAGUGUUUUCUUUUUUGUUUUCUUUUGCUUAAGCACUUCAUCAGUUGCUUUAUUCUAUAUCUACAAGGUAAUCUGCAAUCUCCUUUGUUUUUAAAUUUUGAUUUGUUAUAAAAUUGCCAAAUAGAGGUGUUUCAGAUAUAUAGUUUGUACCUGUAUUUUUAUUUUAUUGCCUCAUGUUCUUGUAAGUCAUUCUUAAUUGACCGAUGAUUGUAGACCUUGCCUGAGUAUUUUUUCUAAUAAAACAAAGCAAAUCACA